AUGUCGGACAACAUCUGGUUCAAAGAUCUUCCUCUCGAGCUUAACAGCAUCUCGAAGUUUGCAAAUUCUGAUGGGUUUCAGUGGCUGAAGUAUGGCUCCAAGAUCUUAAAAACGUUCGCUGCACUUUUGCAUCGCCUUUCGUGGGCUGAGUUGCACUGCUUUCCCCAUUAUUUCGAGCACAAGAUCUCCCCUACUCCCUCCUCCCCCCUCCCUCCUCCUCCCUCUUCCAGCUCCCCUCCUCCUCCCUCCCCCACUCCCCUCUUCCCUCCCCCCUUCCUCCCUCUUCCCCGCUCCCCUCCUCCUCCCACCUUCCCUCUUCCCCUCUCUCUCUUCCGCCCCUCUUCCACUCCUCCUCCUCCCCCUCCUUCCCCAUUCCCGCCCCCCCUCCCUCUUCCACUCCCUCUCCAACUCACCACCUUCCCCCUCCCUCUUUCCACCCUCCUCCCCCUCUUCCCCUCCCUCUUCCCCUCCUCCUUCCCCUCCCUCUUCCCCUCCCUCUUCCCCUCCUCCUUCCCCUCCCUCUUCCCCUCCCUCUUCCCUCCCUCUUCCCCUCCCCGCGCAUCUCAAUAUUAUAUAUUCAUGCAUUUGUCUUCUUUCUCUCUUUCCCACUCUCCCAUUCUCCCACUCUCCGACUCUACCUUCUUCCCUCUCUCGCGCAAAGGGUCCCUUUCUUCCUCCCUCCCUCCCUCCCUCCCUCUCCCCUCCUUCGGCCCCUCCCUUCUUUUCCCUGCUUCCCUCCCUCCCUUCAUUUCCCUGCUUCCCUUCCUUCCUUCUUUUCCCUGCUUUCCUCCCUACAUCCCUCCUUCCCUCCCUGCUUACCUCUCUUCCUUCCUGCUUCUUCCCUACCUCUCUGCUUUUUCUAGGUGCUUACCUCCUUGCGUCCCUCCUCCUUCCCUCCCUGCCUCAUACCUGACCCCGUGCUCCUCUCCCUCCUUCCCUGCCCUUCUCCCUGCCUCUCACUUAUUUACUUACCUACCUAUCUACCUACCUCCCUCCCCCCUUCCUUCUGUUCCUCGCACCUUCCAUCCCCCUCCCCUCGCUCCGUCCCCCCUCUCUUCAUUCCCUCAAUCCCCCAAUCCCUCCCUCAAUCCCUCCCUCAUCCCUCCCUCCCUCCUUGAAUCCUUUCCUCCCUCCGAGGGAGUCCCUCCUUAA